AUGAUUUCUCUCAUCACUUGCCUAAAUGCCAAAGUAAAGGUAGUUGCCAAGUUUGUGCCAGAAAUAAUCAUCAUACCAUGUUUCACCCUGAUAAAAAUGCGGCAAACACUUAGCCCUCCCAGUCUCAAGUGUGAACCACCGCUGUCUCUGGAUCAAUUUUCUCAUGCAGUUUCGUGUCAUGCUACCACCUACUCACAGAUACUACUGGGUACAGCAUUGGGUAGGAUCUUUUCAAGUUCUGGUCAGUGGUAUUCCUCUAGAAUGGUAGUAGAUCCGGGUUCCCAGACUAAUUUAAUUACCACUGACCUAAUGAAAAAGCUAUGCCUUCGUUCCCGGAUUAGUCCUCUGGUGGUGUCUGGAGGAGAUCGGGCAGAAAAGAGGUAUGAGGAUAGGAGAUAUGAGGGCUCUAGCUCGGGGCCGAAAUGCUUGGGAUGCAUGGAUCGAGGCACCUCCACGCUAAAAGGUACAAAGGAGGUAGAGAAAGAAGAGGAAGAAGAAGAAAGAACAGUAAAAGCUUUCUUUAAAAGAAAUGUUAAAAGAGAAGUAAAGCAGAUUAAAUCAAGCAGGGGAUUGACAAAAGGACUUAAUUCAGCAAGUCACUAUGUGCUUUUUCCUGCAAAUUCCUAG